AUGUCCUCUGACAUAAAUGUCCCCAUCAUCAUCAUCGGCGGCGGCAUUGUAGGCCUCUCUGCCUCCAAUUUCCUCGCUUACCACGGCAUACGUUCCAUGGUGAUUGAGCGCCACAAAGGCACGUCGAUCCAUCCCCGGGCGCGCAGUGUCAAUGCACGAACCAUGGAGCUCUAUCGUCGGCUUGGAAUCGAGGAUCUCGUCCAUGAAGCUGGCGCGUCAUUGUCACCGAGUGGGGGCAUCUAUCGUGGCACUUCUCUCAAGGAGGUCAUCGAACCCAAACCGCGCUCUGGAGGUCUCAGAAGGUUUCCCUGGACUGGGUUUCUCGCUCCCCUAAGUCCAGUGAAUGGAACAUUUGUCACCCAAGACAUGAUUGAGCCAGUUCUUUUGGACGUUGCAAAGGGGCACGGGGUGGAUGUGAGGUUCAACACGGAAUGUGUCAGUGUCGAGCAAGAUGAAAAGAGCGUUACUGCCGUCUUGAAGGAUCGACAGACUGGCGUCAAUGUGACCGUGCGAGGACGCUAUCUCAUAGCCGCUGACGGCGCAGAGAGUCCAAUCCGCAACCACCUGGGGGUGGCAACGACUGGAAGGGGUACGAUGGGCCAUUUGCUCAAUAUCCUCUUCCACGCCGACCUCAAAUAUCUUGUCCAAGGACGUGAGUUUUCUCUUUGCAAGAUCGAGCGACCCGAAGUUACCGGCCUCUUAACGUCCAUAAACAACGACGACCGCUGGGUAUUCCACCUCCUCUAUGACCCCUCGAAAGGCGAGCAACCUUCUGACUUUCCACCCGAAAAAUGCAGAGAGCUGCUACGCCUCGCUUUGGGCGUCGGUGAUAUUGAGAUUGAGAUCCAGAGUAUCCUUCCAUGGAAACCGUCAGUGCGGGUUGCAGAGCAAUUGCAACAGGGGCGUAUCUUCCUCGCGGGGGACGCCGCACACCAAAUGCCGCCGUGGGGAGGCCAAGGUGCAAACACGGGCAUCGCAGACGUCCACAAUCUUGCCUGGAAGCUCGCUGCAAUCCUUCAGGGGCAUGCGAGCGAGCGCUUGCUGGAGACGUACGAUGUGGAGCGGAUUCCCGUGGCGAGGGCGGCUGCGGAUUUUUCAGCGAGCAUGGCUGAUGAGAAGGGAAUCAUCUCAACACAGGGCCGGUUUGCGCUACUUCGACUCAUUGCCAGGGGGUUCCGUCUGCUUUCCGGCCACGGCUGUUAUUAUACAAGUCGCGCCAUCUGCGCCGAGGACACUUCUCCACUGGGCGGACUGACCUGGAGGCCGUGGACCUGGCCGAGCCUGCUCCUUUCGAUAGACGGAAGACCUGGAACCAGGGUUCCUCACUUGUGGGUCGAGCACCAGGGCAAACGCGCUUCCACGCUCGACCUGUGUGGCAAGACCUUUGUGUUAUUUGCUGGCGGCGAUGGCACACUGUGGGUGGAAGCAGCGAGGAAAGUGUCUGCAGCCAUGGCCGUCGAGAUUGUCACAUAUGUUGCCGGUCCUAAUGGCGAUCUUCUGUGUCCACCGGGCCGACUCGAAUCUGCUGCUGGGAUUUCAUCUUGCGGGGCGAUCCUGGUGCGUCCCGAUGAUUUUGUGGCAUGGCGCCAGAGGCGACGGGUCGCUGAUGGGCGAGCCGAGCUCGCCAGGGCCAUGAAACAAGCGUUGUGUCUGUCGUGA